AUGCUUCAACAACAAAAACAACAACAAAAACAUUAUUUACACAACAUUUUCCCAAACAAACAUUGUUUAAAACAUUGUUUACAACAUUUUCUUAAACAAACACAUUUAAUUAUUAAAACAUUGUUUGUUUCACAAUUAAACAACAUUAAUAACAACAAAAUUAAUAAACCUAUUAAAUCCUCCCUAUUAUUAUUUUCCUUAAUUACUGACAGAUUAUUUUUAUUAUUUUAUUUGAUUUUUGCCUUCUCAAUAACUAACACCUUAUCUGAAACCCCCCUCGGAGCCCCCACACUUUUUUUCCACCGCCGCAACGAAGAACGCGACAUGGGUGGUGGUGGAGGUUCUUCCAGAAGUGGUGGAACCGGGCACGCAUCAGCAGCACUUUUACUAGCAGCAGCUCAUCAAACACAGAGGCAUAACCGAUGCUAUUCUUGUAUGUCCGCCGUCUAUGAACAAUUAUUCAAAGAAGGCGAUCUAGGAAAUUUCUUUUUCGAACCACGCAAUUUUACUGCACAGUGUGAUGAACAACCAAUGAAUACACAUGGAAUUGGAUUAGUUCCAUGCCGAGGGAUUUGCCUUUCUUUAGCCCAAGAAUUUGUUAUUAUGGGAAGGAAAACCGGAAAACGUUUGUGGAUGAGAGGCUGCGCCCAUUCAUUAUCUAGACAUGGCUAUAUUAAUAGAACUAUAGCUUUCUUUGCUGAAUUUGAUAUGUGCCGGGAAGUUUUGGCUUCUGAAUUAUUCCGGCUUUCUUCAAAUAAUAAAAUUGGUGGAAGAUCUGUUGAACAUUUUCAUGGAGGUGUUGGAUCUUCUUCUUCUGUUGGUGGUGGUGCUGGGGGUCUGAUGGAUUCUCAACCAAUUUUGGUAAAAUAAUUUUUUUUGUCCUUCACAACGUGCCUAGUGGUCCAUUUUUUAAUCACUCACAGAAAAUCAAAAAAAAUUCUCUGAAAAAAAUUUUUUUUAAUUUUACAACAGGCCUGCAGCUGUCUAGGUGACCGAUGCAACACCCAAUCAUCAGGCUCCAUAUCCAUCAAAUCAAUUCCCAACAAAAUUCUGCUUGCAACAAUAUUAUUUUUAUUAAU